UGCUACCGAACUCAUCACACCAUAGCCAUGAAACUUAAGCUUUCCUUACCCAUCUUCUUUUUCCUUUUCUUCUUCCUCGUGUUAACCUUGUUUUCAAACUUAGCCACGUGCCAAGAAGAAGAAACAGACCCAGAGCUUCAAACGUGUAAACACCAAUGCAGACAGCAACAGCAAUAUAGCGAGGAAGACAAGCGCACAUGCAUGCGAAGGUGUGACGAGUAUUAUGAAACGAAGCAAGAGCGAGAGAGAGAAAAAGAAAAGGAAAAAGAGCAAGAGAUGGAGGAAAAACAAACACAUCAUCAUCAUCAUCAUCAUGGAAAAGAGGAAGAGAAAGAAGAGGAGGAGGAGGAAAUUCCCUACGUUUUUGAAGAAGAAGAUUUUGACACCAUCCAUGCAGCGGAAGGCACAAUUGAUGUUCUAAAGAAGUUCACCAGAAAAUCUAAGCUUCUUCAAGGGAUUGAAAAUUUUCGCUUGUCCUUUAUAAAAACCAGAUCACACGCUUUCGUGACUCCACGCCACUUUGAUUCCGAGAUUGUUUUAGUCAACGUCGUUGGACGAGCCACAAUUGGCUUGGUGAUGGAAGAUAAAACAGAAAAAGUCAAUCUUGAACCUGGAGAUUUCUUGAGGAUACCAGCAGGCACCCCUGUAUACAUAGUCAACAGAGAUUGGAACGACUUGCUCUCUCUUAUUUUGUUCCACAUACCAGUUUCUACUCCUGGACAUUUUGAGGAAUUUUUUGGCCUUGGAGGGCGAGACCCAGAAUCAGUCCUCACAGCAUUCAGCUGGGAAGUGCUCGAAGCUGCACUCAAAACACCAAGGCAGAAGUUAGAAAAGCUUUUUGAUCAACAGAAUGAGGGAAGUAUUUUCACAAUAUCCGGAGAAGAAGUGCAAGCCAUGAGCCCCAAGAAAAGCUUUUGGCCCUUUGGUAUCCAAUCGAAGACUCCAUUCAAUAUUUUCAGCAAGGAUCCCAUUUUCUCCAACCAAUAUGGUAGUCUCAUUGAAGUUGGUCCUUCUGAUAAAAAGAGUGAGCUUGAAGGACUCAAUCUUAUGAUUACCUUCACCAAAAUCAUCAAGGGAUCUAUGUCUACUAUUCUUUACAACUCACAUGCAACCAAGAUAGCAGUGGUUAUUGACGGUGAAGGGAAGUUUGAGAUGGCAUGUCCACAUGUCUCAAGUUCACACACACGUUCAAAGCAUCAAAAGACUAGCCCCUCGUACCAUAAGAUCAGUGCCAAGUUGAAGCCUGCAACGGUUUUUGUUGUCCCUGCUGGUCAUCCCUUUGUGACCAUUGCUUCCAAGAAAAAUGACCUGAAGAUUAUUUGCUUUGAGGUUCAUGCUGAAGGGAACCACAAGCUUACUUUUGCGGGGAAAAACAACAUUGUGAGUGCAUUGGACAAGACUGCGAAGGAGCUGGCCUUUAACUACCCUGCGGAGAAGGUGGACGAAAUCUUCAACAGAAAUGAGCAAUUCUUUUUCCCAUUCGAGGAGGAAACCAAGGAGAAUGGUCAUGCUGAUGCCUGAGGAGUUUAUAAGAAACAUGAAAAAGAAAUGGUUGAAGAUAUGAAAAUUGUAAGUUAAGCUUUCUGAGAACGUUUUUCUGUAUUUUAUGUAAGUAGAUGAAAUGUAGGGAUGCAAAUGAAAUAAAAUGGACACUGAUAUUGCUAGCUGAUAUGGUAGCAGAAUAAUCAGUGCUAAUUGUACUAGAACAUGCUAUGUAAAUUGUAAUGCUAGUUUUCUU